AUGGGCUAUGUAAAACUAACAUGGUGUGGUGGAAUCGAUGGCAGCCACAAAGUUAAUAAUUGUAAUGGUGAUAGUGGUACUGGUGACACCAAUGUUGCUAACAGUGGUGUUGGUGGAAUCAGUUGUAAUGUUUGUAGUGGUGAUGAUGAUAACAACAACAAUGAAAAUAGUAACGAUGACAAUGAUGUCAACAAUAGCCGUGCCAGUGGGGGUGACCGUGACAAUAGUGGCAAUGGCGCCAACAUUGUUAAUAGUGGUGUUGGUGGAGGUAGUAACAAUGUUUGUGAUGAUGAUAGUAGUAAUAAUGAUAACGGCGUUGGUAGCGAUGACAAUGGUGACAAGAAUAACGAUGUCAAUGGUGAUGGUAGUAAUACUAGUGACAACAAUAAUAGUAGUAAUGAUGAUGACAAUGUAAAUGAUUGUAGUGGUAACAAUUAA